AUGAAUAAAGAUUGGGUUCAUUGGCCAAGGGGUGAUCUUCCAUAUCAGGAGGCCUUAAAGAAUUUCAUAGAUACCGUUUGUCAGAGACUUGGAAAUCCUUCUGAAUUCAGUUGUCCUUGUGUUGUUUGUAAGAAUCUCACUUUCCCACUUCCUCCGCAAGAAGUGCAUAUUCACUUACUGAAACGAGGUUGGGAUCCUACAUACACUGAGUGGGUUUUUCACGGGGAGACUAUACACACUUCUACUGAUGUACACCAAGAGGGAGCAACAAGGGGAUCAUAUCAUAUAGAUGCUGCUGUUGAAGCUGAUGCACAUAUCGAUCAGGGACAUGAACCUGUGCAAGAUGAGGGUUUGGAAAACCAUGUGGAAGAGGCGGACACACCGUUAUAUCCUAAUUGUAAAACACACACAAAGUUAUCCAUCAUUGUUGAAUUGUAUAGGCACAAGACAGUAAAUGGUUUAUCUAGGAAAUCUUUUGACGAACUUCUCAAGACAAUCGGUUCCUUGUUGCCGACAGAUCAUUGUCUUCCUUGCUCAACAUAUGAAGUGAAAAAGCUGCUGAAAUCUUAUCAAUUGACUUACCAGAAAAUACAUGCUUGUAUUAAUGAUUGUUGUUUGUUUAGAAAAGAUUUGAAAGAUGCAGACGAGUGUCCUAAAUGUCAUUAUUCUAGGUGGAAGGCAGACACAUCUAACAUGGACGAUGCUGAAAUGAUAGACAAGCCGCAAAAGAAGAUACCGGUGAAGGUGCUUAGGUACUUCCCCAUUGUGCCGAGAUUGAGAAGAUUGUUUCAAUCAGCAGCACUGGAUGAGCAGUUGAUAUGGCACGCGACGAACAAGAGUAAGGAUGGGAAGAUGCGUCAUCCAACAGAUUCUUUGGCUUGGAAGCACAUAGACAAAAAGUAUCCCGAGUUUGCUUCAGAUCCCCGUAAUUUGCGUCUUGGGCUUGCUGCUGAUGGAUUUAAUCCAUUUGGUGAUCUUUCCGCAGCCCACAGUUGUUGGCCAGUGAUGCUCGUGGUUAAUAAUUUGCCUCCUCAGUUGUGUAUGCAAGGUGACAACAUAAUUCUGAGCAUGCUGAUUCCAGGAAAAAAAAAACCGGGUAAUGACAUUGAUGUAUACUUGCAGCCCUUGAUUGAUGAUCUUUUUGAGUUGUGGGAGAAAGGGGUGCAGGUAUAUGAUUCGUUUACUAAAACAGAUUUUAACUUGAAGGCGUUAUUAAUGUGGACAAUAAACGAUUUCCCUGCAUAUGGUAAUUUAUCUGGAUGUACGUAUAAAGGGAAGGUAGCCUGUCCUCUUUGCGGUGAAAAUACACUUUCAAACUGGUUGGUAUUUAGUCGUAAAACUGUCUACUUGAAUCAUAGAAGAUUUCUUCGUCAUAAUCAUCCUCUUCGGCAGAAAAAAGAUUGGUUUAAUGGAGAGAUUGAGAGGAAGGAAAAGCCACCUGUUAUGUCUGGUGCUGCGGCACUUGAAUGUCAGAAUAGUAUUACAAAUGAUUUUGGGAAAGCGGAGAAGAACGAGGAGGAGAUAAGGAAAAAUAAAGAGCAAAAGAAGAAGAAUAAGGGCAAGAGUAGUGCGGCAGCAAGUGCAAAUGUGGGUAAUUCUAAAUGUGGGAAGCGGAAAAGGGAUGUUGUUGCUGAUGCGGCUAUUUCUGGUGCAAAUGAUGAUGAAACUGAACUUCGGGUGUUUAACAAACGGUCAAUAUUCUUCGACUUGCCUUACUGGAAGGAUUUAUUACUACGGCACAAUAUUGAUGUUAUGCAUACAGAAAAAAAUGUUUGCGAGAGUAUUAUUGGUACCAUAUUGAAUAUAAAGUCCAAAACAAAAAACGGUCUAAAGUCCCGCAAUGAUCUGAAGAGUAUGGGAAUAAGACCAGAAUUACAUCCAGUAGAGAUAAAUGGAAAAACGAUCCUUCCACCAGCACCAUACUGUUUAAAUGACAAGGAAAAGGCUAUAUUGUAUAAUAUGAUGAGAAAUUUAAAGGUUCCAUAUGGUUUUAGUUCUGAUCUUAGAAAGCAUUUCUCAAAAGAUGGUUUCUUAGGUGUUCUUAAGGCUCAUGAUUACCAUGUUCUUAUGCAACAAAUAUUACCCGUUGCUUUGCAAGGACUUUUACCUGUAGGGCCAAGGGAGGCAAUUUUCAGGUUAUGUUCUUAUUUUCACGAAAUAUGCCAAAGGGCAGUUGAUCUCCAUAGAUUAAUAGAACUUGAAGUAGAAGUUUCUGAGACUUUGUGUAUGUUGGAGAGGUACUUCCCUCCGUCACUUUUUGAUGUCAUGAUGCACUUGAAAAUUCACCUAGCUCGAGAAGUGCGAUUAUGUGGACCUGUACAAUAUCGUUGGAUGUAUCCAUUUGAAAGGUAUAUGAAGACAUUCAAAGAAUAUGUAAAGAAUUAUGCACAACCUGAAGCUUGUAUAGCCGAGUGUUAUCUUGGAAUGGAGUGUGUUAGGUAUUUUGAUAUUCGUAAGGCCCAAGCAGCUGAAAUAGGAGUAGAGCAAAGGCGUAACGAAAACACUCAAAAUGGUUCCACACCGGCAGCACGUCCUCUUUCUAAAGGUGUCCAAGUGCGUAUGGAUAGUGAGAAGUUAAAGAUAGCUCACAGAUAUGUGCUUUUUAACACACCCGAAAUUGACCCAUAUAUGAUAAUGCAUAUGGACGAGUUAAAAUCUCCUGCUGGGAGGGCAAUUACUAGUGAAGAACAACUCAAUUCCAUACAGUCUGACACAUUUGCAGAUUGGUUUCAACAAAAGGUUAAGAUGCAAAUUGAACAAGGGAUGCCAAUAUCACACACGGUAGAAUGGUUGUCAUAUGGGCCGUUGGAAAACUGCAUAUCAUAUAAAGGCUUGCUUAUCAAUAACACUAGGUUUAUUACGAAGGAUGUUAAGAGAGUCACACAAAACAGUGGAGUUUCAAUUGAAUCAACAACCUUAGUUGCAGGAUUGUCAGAAACUAGUGGGUUCUACGGUGUUUUAGAAGAAAUUCUAUUGUUGGACUACAAUCAUAUGUUUCAAAUUCCAAUAUUCAAAUGUGAUUGGGCUCACACCAAUUUUGGUGUGAAGGUAGAAGAUGGAUUUACAUUAGUCAAUUUAAAGCAGCAUAAGAACCAAUACUGUAACGAUCCAUUCAUUUUAGCAGAGCAAGCGCGACAAGUUUUCUAUUCUCGAGAGUCAAAUACAUCUAACUGGUAUGUGAUGGUGAAACCACCGCCCAGGGGUUUCCAUGAAUUAGAGGAAUACAAUGAAAAGCAUGACACAAAUUUCCAACCAGUGGAUACUUCAACUCUUGGUUUCCAAAUGGAUGACGAGAACGAGAGUUACUUAAGAGAAGAUGGGGAAUAUACCAUAGUGGUUCCGACAAAGAAGAAGAACAAAAAGAAGAAGAAAAAGAAGUUCACAAGUUAG